UUGCAGAGUGCGCGGAUCUGCUCCUCGCCAUUCCAGUUCGAUGUGCACGAACAAAAAAUUUUAGUUGGCUUCGCUCGUGAGGUGGUGGCAGCAGAUUCGCUGUCACUGUGCCUGGCUGCAUGCCUAAAUGCAUUUGAUUCAUUUGGUUUCGAAUGCGAAUCAGUGAUGUAUUAUCCGGUUGACUCGGAAUGCAUUCUGAACACAGAAGAUCGUCUGGAUCGGCCAGAUUUGUUUGUUGAUGAACUCGAAGAUAAGGUCAUCUAUUUGGACAACAACUGCGCCGGAUGUAUGUUUCUUUCGAGACAGUGUUUGCUAGAGUGUUACAUUAUAAUACGGGCUUAA